GGACGGGACGGGGCCUCGGCUGACGGCGCGCUGUGCCCGCAGGAGAUCCGGAAGGUGGUGCAGGCGCUGGAGCAGACGGCGCGGGAGAUCCUGACGCUGCUGCAGGGCGUGCACCAGGGGCCCGGCUUCCAGCACAUUUCAAAGAAGUGUCAGAAGGCUCGUGAGCACUUUGGUACAGUGAGGACACAGAUGGAGUCUCUGAAGACCAAGUUUCCUGCUGAUCAGUAUUACAGGUUUCAUGAGCACUGGAGGUUUGUGCUGCAGCGGCUGGUGUUCCUGGCAGCAUUCGUAGUCUACUUGGAGUCAGAAACAUUAGUGACCCGAGAAGCUGUUGCAGAAAUACUUGGGAUUGAAGCUGAUCGAGAACGGGGCUUUCACCUGGACAUUGAAGAUUAUCUUUCUGGUGUAUUAACUCUGGCCAGUGAGCUGGCCAGGCUGGCAGUGAACAGUGUCACAGCAGGGGACUAUUCCCGCCCUCUCCGCAUCUCAGCCUUUAUCAACGAGCUGGAUUCUGGCUUCCGCCUCCUCAACCUGAAGAAUGACUCGCUGCGGAAACGCUACGACGGGCUGAAAUACGAUGUCAAGAAAAUUGAGGAAGUGGUUUAUGACUUGUCGAUCCGAGGACUCAAUAAGGAGGCAACAGUUGGUGCAGGCGGGGAGAAGUGAAGGAUGCUCGUUUGAGCAGCAUCAUCCAUUACCUCAGAUGGUUGCCAAUUUAGGAAGUACCUAGAGAAGCCUUCCUACAUUAGUUUAGAAGAACUGCAGCUCAAAGCUGCUCUCUAUUUUCUUACAAAAGGUGUAGUAGAGGUGUUAGAUGUUUUGUAAAAUCGUGUCUAGAUUAGAACAGGAGACUGUUUCCAGUGGAAUUCCUCUGUCAAACACAUGGUGCCGUUCUCUGCACAGCAGCAAUAGUAGUCAGUAACUCCCAUGGGCUGAGAUUCCCAGUAGUUCUGUAGUGCUGCUUCCCUGCUCUGUCAGGGGAGUGCUGUGGCUGUCUCUGUUCCCAUGCCCUCAGAGGUGUGUGCACAGCACACAGCUCAGUGCAGAUGCAGACACAUGGGAUCUUUUAAGAAAAGCAGUGUGUAAAUACCGACUUUUUUUUAAGAUACUUUUUUUUUCCUUUUUUUUUUCUUCAAUUUUCACCUAUGUAAGUUGAACAAAUUUGCAUAACUGUUUAUGGACCAGAUCCAGAUCUCUUUUUUAAUGGUUUCUGUUAAUGUACCCCCUGUAAUUGAGAAAUUAGUGAAAAUACUCCUGAGAAUUCUUCUAUUGGAACUUUUAUUGGGUGUCUUGCACCCUGAUCUCUCUCAUAUUUUUUUCCUUUCCACCAAGAUUUCAGUUACCAGGGAGAGCAAGGUUUUUUUGACACCUGCUUUCUCUGACUGUAUUUGUUUUACUGGCAUGAGUAAAUGCAGAGUUUUAAAUGAUGAUUUGUCUUGAGAACUCAGUGUAACCAAUUGUAAUUUUUUUUAACUUCUAAAUUUUCAGAAUAGAGAAGUGUAAACUGCUAAACUGCAGGUGGUGUCAGAGUUAUAACAACCUGUACAGGCCACGACUAUACCUGUGUCCUGGGAUUAAAAAAAAAACCAACAAAAAACAUCACAAAACUAUAGUUUGUGUAGUAAAAUGUUUGUAUCUCCAGAAAUGGGGAAGUUACCUGCUUUCAGGUAAGUAUGUAAGAUGUUUGCAAACACCAACAGCCUCUUUCAUGUGUGUAAGUGGACAGACUCGUGCCUCCCCAUGUGCUUGUUCUCCUGUCCUAAAUUACUUUGAGUUUUGCCAUUCUCCUAUUUCUGAUGGUGCACAAGGGUUAAGGAGAACAGCUAACUUAGGAGGAGGAGGAAUACUUCAGAGGAUGAAUGGCAACGGUCAAGUUUAUGUGGGGUUAGCGUUUCGGUUUCUUAGUGAAGAUUUACCACUGAGUUAGGGGGUUGUUUUGUUUAUUGGAAGAAAAUAGUUUAUUGGUUAUUUUGGCCAAUAAAAGCUGUUCUUUGAUUAUG